AGUUUGGCUCUAUUGUGGAAAGAUGUGAUUUUUGAUGAGUAAAAUGAAAGAAAGCAAAGUGGGGAAAUUAGCCCACAAGGAGGUUAGAACGUGGCAUCCACGAUUGGGGGGAAAAAGAAACUAAGAAAGCAUCAAAGGGAAGAAGAAGGCUGUAAAUUAGCAAAAAUAAAUGGAUGGAGGCGAUGAGUGGGGAUCCGGAGCAAGGACUUUGUCAACCAUGACGUGACGAUGAUUCUUGUUAUCCUUUAAACCCCAUCAUCUUUGGGCCACCAUUCCAUCUUCCUAACUCAUCGGACAAAACAAGAUUAAUCUUUCCGCUUCGUUUUUCCAAAUCCCCUUCUUCUUCUUCUUCUUCUUCACUCUGUUUACAGUUUUCCAUCUUCUCUUUCUUUGGGUUUUCAAUUUUAUCCCCUUUUGAUUCCCUUGCAAUUUCUUCAGGAUGAACUAUGAAGCUUAGCCUUACGAGGGUUUCUCUUUGAUGUGGUCCCUAAUCACUUGAUUUUUCUUUUUGCUGUGGAGAAUCGUUUUCCCCCCACCCUUUUUCUUUCUUUUUCGCCCCCCACAGAGGAUUCCACGAGUUGGGUUUUUUAUAUUUUUAUUUACUUUACAUUUAUUCUUGUUCGUAUUAAUGGGGAAUGUGAACGGGAGAGAAGAUGAGGAUGGUAACCCAUCUGGGGCUGAAGAAGAAGAUGAAGAAGUCGGUGGCCNUGCGCCGCCCGAUGCCCAUCUUGGCUACCAUGCCGGCGAUCCGCCUGGAGAGUUGAUGGGUCAUUCUCCUCCUCAUAGCCCUCGCGCCAUUCCAUCUCCAUUGAUGUUUACUCCCCAAGUACCGGUCGUUCCACUGCCAAGACCUGAUGAAGUGCACAGCUCAAGCCAGUCUUGGAUGCAUAACAGUUCAUGGUUCGAUGAUGUCAGUAGUGAACAAGGAAUCCCAACGAUGAUUACGUGGAGCCAUGGAGGCAAGGAAGUAGCUGUUGAGGGAUCUUGGGAUAAUUGGAAAAUGAAAAUACCCUUGCAGAGAUCCGGGAAGGACUUCACGAUUAUGAAGGUAUUGCCUUCUGGUGUUUACCAGUAUAGGUUUAUUGCUGAUGGACAAUGGAGAUAUGCUCCUGACUUGCCUUGGGCCCAAGAUGAUGCAGGCAAUGCUUACAAUAUCUUGGACUUGCAGGACUAUGUCCCAGAAGACAUCGAAAGCAUUUCCAGCUUUGAACCUCCUCAGUCCCCAGAGUCAAGUUACAACAGUUUGCAGCUUGGAGCUGAUGAUUAUUCAAAGGAACCCCCAUUGGCUCCUCCACACUUGAAAACCACACUGCUCGACAUGCCUUGCCCACACAAUGAGAUUUUACCUCCUUUAUCAAGACCUCAGCAUGUAGUGCUGAAUCAUCUUUACAUGCAGAAGGAAAGGGGUGGCCCCUCCGUCGUUGCACUCGGAAUGACUCACCGGUUCCUUGCAAAGUACGUAACCGUCGUGCUUUAUAAAUCCUUGCAGAGAUAGCGUUAGAAUAGGCAUCCUGUGUAAUGAAAUAUUCCAAAGCCAUUUUUCCUUUAGCUUUAUAUGGUGUUGACGCCAUUUCAUUUUAACACUUCUGAAUCAACCAAGAAGUCUGAAUGGAUCGUUCUUCAAGAUUGUACCUUACAUAAUGCCAUCUCUUUUUUAUCUUACAUGCA